UUGUGGAAAUCUGCUUAUUUAGUCAUGGCCUUGCUAGUUGUAACACUGUUGCCUAGCCUAGCGACACCCUACUCUCAACAGACAUUCAUCGCGCGGUAAUCUAUGGGCUGAUUCAGUCUGUUUGUGUUUAUCAUUUGGUAGCCAACUGAAGGCGAUGUAGCAGACCUACCCUUCCACUCAUGUGCAUCUGCUAAAGACACUUAAUAGACGUGCAAUAGUAACGCCAAAUUAGCAAGGAGGAUCUUCUGUAACUUCGAGGAAGUAUUUAGAAGUUAGGCUACUGUUUAGCACAUGCUAUUGGAGAAAUACCUCUGGAAGGAACACCGAGGAAAUGUCCGAGUUGAACGGUGUGAAAGAAGAGGACCAGGAAAUCUCAGUUAAGGACAUUGCGGUUAAGGAUAUCGCGGUAAAGGAUAUCACAAUUAAGGACAUUGCGGUUCAGGACAUCGCAAUUAAGGACGCUGCUGUUCAGGACAUCACGGUGAAGAAUGUCGCUGUUAAUAACAUCACGGUUCAGGAAAUCUCCCAGCCUGACACAGACUCUGAUUUGGCUGAACAGAAGGAUGGUUUCAAAGGGAAGGCGAGAUGGUCACGUGAAGAGGAUGAAACCCUGAAAAUGUUGGUUCAGAACUUUGGCCAAGAAGACUGGAAGACCAUUGCUACCUUUUUACCUGGACGCUCAGAAUUCCACUGUCACCACCGUUUUAGGAGAGUGCUUGAUCCUGAACUGGUCAAAGGAGGCUGGACGAAAGCCGAGGAUGAAAUGUUGGUGAAACUGGUGGAGAUGUAUGGAUGUAAGAAGUGGACAGUGAUUGCCAAGCACCUCAAAGGUAGACAUGGCAAGCAGUGCCGUGAGCGGUGGCACAAUCACCUGGACCCCGGCGUGAAGAAGACAUCCUGGACCUUAGAGGAAGACCUGGCCAUCUACAGAGCCCACCGCGUGCUUGGUAACCGCUGGGCUGAGAUUGCAAAACUUCUGCCUGGAAGGACAGACAACGCUAUUAAGAACCACUGGAAUUCUACUAUCAAAAGGAAAGUGGAAUUGGGUGCCUAUGAUGGGAAGGACAUCACACCACUUACACCUCUUGAGAUGGGAGAGAUCGAUUUCCGCUGUGAUGUUGUUCUUGAUGCAGAACCAGCAUCUGACAAAGAGGAGGAAGUGAUUAAGACUACCACCAUUGUGCCAUUGGAGACUGUGCAUGUAGAGCCAGUGAAGCACAAAGUGAUGGAGAAACCUAAACCUGUGCCCAAAGCCAAACCGGCAACAGGCGUUGCGCCGGCUUUGCUUGUAAAGAGGGGCAAUAGCAGUCCCACCAACGCUGCGCCCGUUUUGAUUGUAAAGAGGGGCAAUAGCAGUCCCACCAACGUUGCGCCGGUUUUGAUUGUAAAGAGGGGCAGUAGCAGUCCCACAAACGUCAGUGGUCAGAUUGGCUCAAGCAACACCAAGCAGCCAGCCCGACAGAAGAACAUAACAGAAGCCAUGCUGCGGAUGAUUGCCAAAGACAUGCUCCCACUGAGCUUUGUGGAAGGGGCUGGCUUCCGGAGCUUCAUGACGGCCAUUGCGCCACAGUACUCCAGACCCUCGCAGCGUUCCAUCGGGCUGAAGCUGUACGACGACGUCGAGAAGGUCAUCAAACCGCAGAUGAUCCGCAAGUUGAAGAAUUGCGCCGCCUUGACCAGCGAAAGUGCCCUCGUUCAUACGACUAUGGAUCUGUGGUCCAGCCAGGGUACUGACCGGGUCAUCGCGGUACAGCUGCAUUUUCUCGAUGAGAACUGGAACAUCCAGCGCCCCCUGGUGGCUGUCCGACACCUGAGUCAUAAGAACCUGGCGUCAGCAGUGGCUCGGGAACUGGAGGCUGUACUCCUUAGCUAUGGCCUCUUUCCAGACAACCUUGGAUACGUCCUCUUGAACGAGGCGAAGAACGCCAUAGCUACCUGUGAUCUGUUCUGCAACUACAAGAUCAUGUGCUGCCCGCAAAGGAACGAUCCGGAUGAAGAGGAACUGGUGGCUUAUUUGGAUGACGUGCCUUACAGCAACAGCUGUUUUGAAGUCCCGUACGGCACCCAGUCGAGCUGCGUGGCAAACGAGCUGAACUCGGUGAUCAAAGAGGCCCUGAGGAACUCGAGGGUCGUGGAGAACGUGCUCCUGCAGGUGCACAACGUGGUGGCGUUCUUCCGCGGCAACGCCUACUGGAACGAGGAGCUGGGGAAGGUGUGUGGCCUCUCGCUCGCCACACCAGGUAACCUCAGCAACUACCGCUGGAACUCGGUGUUUGCGGCCAUCCAGAGGAUGACGAUGCACGAGGCCGCCUGGGACACAGUGGUGUCCGUGCUGGGGCAGGCGCAGAUGGAGGCCAAGGACUCGUCCACCUCCCCACCCCACCUGAGGGCCAAACGAGACCAGGUGCUGGACGUCAUGGGCCUGCUGGAGCCCUUCGAAGAGGCCAUCCAAGUGCUCCAGGCAGAAGGGGCGACCUUCUCCCUCAUCAUUCCAUCCCUUAUUGGCCUGAACAAAACCUUAGAGACCAGGCAGACCAACUACAGUCACUUCUGCAAGGAGCUGCGUUCCGGGCUUCACACACACUUUCAGCACCUGAUAGUGCAGAAGGACCUGAUUCUGGCCACCAUUUUGGAUCCUCGCAUCAAGCUUCAGCCCUUUGAUGAUGCAAAGCAUGAGGAGGAAGAUGCAGGUUUAACUGCACCGUCUAAAGCUCAAGUUCGAAGCCUAGUUGCAUCUGAGAUCGGCGAGGCAGACAUGUGCAUCAUAAAGGUAGAGCAAGACGUAAAACAGGAAGAGGAUGACCAGGACAGUGAUGGGGCCAGCCCUGAGGACGGAAACAUCAAGCGCAAGAAGAUAUUCAGUUUUUUACAGCCAGCUGCCAAGGCCAUGAAGUUGUCCGAGCUUGACAUCUACCUCGCAGAACCCUUGCUUGAUGGUGAUGCAUCCAUUUUGACUUUUUGGAAAAAGGCUACUCAUUUCUCACAGCUCCAGAACCUUUCUCGCAAGUUCCUGGCCAUCCCAGCAACCUCCGGGGGAUUUGAUCGUCUGUUUCCAAUGGCAUCUUGUAUCGUGCGGGCCAGAAGGAGCAGGUUACUGCCCCACACAACGGAAAGGCUGCUACUGUAUAGAGAGUCUCUAAAGUCAAAGAAUGCUACAGCUUAGCAAAAGGGCAACAACACAAAAACACACACACAAACAAAAAUACCUCAAAUUAAUGAAUGACAUAAACUCAUCAAUUAACUGCCUUGUAUUUCAUUCGAAACAUUAUUGUCUAAUCACAGCUGUUUCUUUUUGUUGGUGUCCAUCCUCAGUCUAAAUAAGCUGCCAUUGAACUUGUAGUUUCACACUCAUCUACCACUAUAUCAUAUUGAUUAUUUUCCUCUAACUUUAGUAAAUAUUGAAUUGAUAAUCAAUAUCAUGAAUUAUGUUAGGACAUAUGAACCAAAUAUGUUGACUAGUUAUACCAUUGUUGUUGAAAUGGCUAAGUAUGUUUUAUUCAUUCAUUCUUUGUGUCUUUGAUUAAUUUUCCCGCCACCUACCUACCUCCAGCAAAACUGAUCCACAGUCACAGCGUGCCCUUGACAUGGACAUUGUACAUAAGGCAUCCUGUUUAAAAUGAAAAUAUGUACAUUAUUUUAGUUGUAGGUACUUUGUUAUGAUAAUACAAUGACUGUAAUGUUGAUUUUGAAGAUCACAAACUCAUAUUCUCAUUUAUUUUUAUAUUUACAGUUUUUGAGAAAUAUUUUUUGUAAGGCAGAAUAAAUGAUCUGCAUCUAAUCAUGGCAUUUUGUUGUUAUUA